AUGUUCAAAGUCAGUAUUCCAUUGGUUUUAGUAUCUACCGAGGCACCAAAAAAUAAUAACCCCUUUUAUUCGCUUUUUUCUCUAAAAACUCCCUCCCAAAAAUUCCCAUUAAAAUCGCCACAAAAAUCUCCAAUAAAAUCAUUGAAGUCAACUACUUCUUCAAAGAAUGAAAUAAGAUAUGUAUUAAAUGGUGCUAAAAGAGUAUUAACAAAAUUUCAACAUUUUAAUCAUCAUCAUGAAUUAUGCGCAAAGUCUACCAGAUUCAUUGAACAAGUAAUUAAAAUAUUGGAAGAAAUUGUAAUUUUAUCGAACAAUAAAAGGGAUCAAUUAAUUGAAACUAAAGAAUAUAAUGAUUGUAGUACCUUGAUUUUUGAAAUUGAAUAUUAUUUCAAAAAAUAUGAUCAAAGAAAUACAAAUCAAUCCGUAGUUAUGGGAUCAUUCAAAAAAUUCGUUCUGAACUUGGAAAUUGUUGUUAACGCUCUCCAGCGAGCUUCUGAACUUCUGAAACCAAAGAAAGUAAGUAAAUGGAAUCCUUCUACCAUUUCGAAAAUUAAAAUGAUUGGAAAAUUGAUGGUCAUGAAAAAGGAAUCAGAAAGAAUUAAAAAUGAUGGCAAAAAUGUUCCUAUUACACAUGAGAAAAAACCUAUAUUUCAACAAGGAUUAAAUAUUCCGACAAGUGAAGUAGAAGAUCCAUCAAACAUCCAGGCAAGUGUGGAAGGUUCUUUGAAAGUUCCAACAAUUGUGGAAGAUUCAUUAAACGUUUCGACAAAUGUGGAAGAUCUAUUAGAAGUUUCGACAACUGUGGAGGAUAUCUUAGAAGUUUCGACAAGUGUGGAGGAUCCAUUGGAAGUUCCGACAAUUGUGGAAGAUUCAUUAAACGUUCCGACAAAUGUGGAAGAUCUAUUAGAAGUUUCGACAACUGUGGAGGAUAUCUUAGAAGUUUCGACAACUGUGGAGGAUAUAUUAGAAGUUUCGACAAGUGUGGAGGAUCUAUUGGAAGUUCCGACAAGUGUGGAAGAUCCAUUGAAAGUUCCGACAAGUGUGGAAGAUCCAUUGAAAGUUCCGACAAGUGUGGAAGAUCCAUUGAACAUUCCGACGAACGACGUGGAAAGUGCAUUGAACAUCUCGAAAAGUGAAGUAAAUGAACUUAUCAUUCAACGAGAAGUUAUUAUUCCGGGAAAUUUCAGUAGUGAAGACGAAAGUUCAAAUGAACCUAUCAUUCCACAAGAUAUAAUUUUGCCGACAGGUUUCAUUAAACAAGAAUUAAUCAUUUCAACAGGUCUCAAUCAUGGGGGAAAUAAUGAAGGAAUACUUUUUAAUAAUAAAGUUUCCGAGAAAUGUAUUGGAAUCAUUACAAAUGAUUCGGUCAAAUUCACUGAAUUUCAAAAGGAAAUGUCAUAUAUCAUGAGAAUAUCAUGUGAUUGCGACAAUAUUCUCUCGGUAAAAGGAUAUACUGAACGCAAUUUAUCUUCGAUGAUUGAAAAUCCUUCCACUUGGUGUUAUAUUGUGAAUUUCUUGUUAAGUUCUUUCUUCUUUUUUAAAUCAUCUUUCAAAAAUAAGUAUGCAACCAUGUUGGUUACCGAAUGGAUUGAAUUUAACCUUCCGGAUUAUUUAAAAGAAAAUGAGCUAGGUUGGAGUACUAAAAUUUCCAUCGCUCGUGGAAUUGCAAAUGCCUUGAAUCAUAUUCACAAUUUAAAUUUACUUCAUUACAACGUCAAAAGUGAUAGCGUGUUAUUGGAUCAUAAUCUUGAACCAAAACUUUAUAAAUUUGGUAAGGAUGAAGAUAGUUGCGUCUUUUUAAAAUCAGCACGAUCAUUAGAACUUUCAAAUUGGUCAGCUCCCGAAGUUAAACAAAAGGGAAAAUACACUUCAGCAAGUGAGGUUUAUAGCUUUGGAGUUAUUCUUUGGGAGAUUGCCACACAAGAAUGUCUAUCAGGGGAUAAAUCCAUCGAAAAAAGAGAUAUUGAUGAUGCUCCAACAAAUUAUCUUACCCUCAUGGAAAGAGCUUUGGAUCAAGAGCCUCAAAAUCGUCCAACUAUGCAAGAGAUGUUCGAUUCUCUGAGUCAAUUAGAGUAUAUUUAUAAUGACCGUCAACAAAAGCAUCAAAAUCUUUCGAUAAAAAAUAUUAUAAAUAUCAUACAUACGAAUUCUUCUGUUUCGAACUCAUUUAACGAUUAUCUUUCUAUAGAUUCUGCAUCAUCAUCACGAGUUACAUCACGUGCAAACUCACCAGUACCUUCAAUAUCGGAUCACGAUUAUAUGUUCUUCAAUACUAUUUCAAGAGAUGCAAAUUCCACCAAUAAUGACGAAUCGACUUCAAGUUUUGAAUCACCUAUUUCUACUAAUAAAGACGACUAUAAUUCAGAUAACGAAAUUUCAUCAACAUUCACGCUCACCAAUGAUGUCGACUAUAAUUCAGACACCGAAACUUUCACCAAGAAUGUCGAAACUACUACAAAUGAUGAAAAGAAGCUAACUUCCACUAAAGACAUUGAUUAUAAUUCAGAUACCAAAAGUUCAACAAAUAUCACCAAGGAUGUCGAAACAAAUUCUGAAAAGUCACCAACUUCCCUCAACGAUCUUUUAGAUGCCGACAGUUCAACUUCUACUAAUGACGUUAACGAUCAUUCGGAUGCUGAAAGUUCAAUUUUCACCAAUGACAUCAACGAUCAUUAUUCUACUUCAACUAAUGACAUUGACUAUUAUUCGGAUACCAAAAGUUCAACAAAUUUCAUCAAGGAUGUCGAAAAUAAUGCUGAAAAGUCAUCAGUGUCCUCAAAUGACAUCCACUAUUAUUCAGAUGCCGAAAGUUCAACUUCCACCAAUGACAUCAACGAUCAUUCUUCUACUUCCACUAAUGACAUUGACUAUCAUUCGGAUACUAAAAGUUCAACAAUUUUCAUCAAGGAUGUCGAAACAAAUGCUGAAAAGUCACCAACUUCCACCAGUGACAUCAACGAUCAUUCUUCUACUUCCACUAACGACAUUGACUAUAAUUCAGAUACCAAAA